GGGUGCUCAUCAAGCUGCUGUGAGAGGCACAAGUGUGGAAAACAAGAGGCUGUAUUGCGUCCUAGCUAUACCAUUCGAGUACAGGAACACACCCGGACCGGUCACCUUCCGCUAUCUCACAGCUCAGGUUAAACAUGGGUAAGGGCGAUCCCAACAAGCCGAGGGGCAAGAUGUCCUCCUAUGCCUACUUCGUGCAGACGUGCCGGGAGGAGCACAAGAAGAAGCACCCGGACUCCUCCGUCAACUUCGCAGAGUUCUCCAAGAAGUGCUCAGAGAGGUGGAAGACCAUGUCUGCAAAGGAAAAGGGAAAGUUUGAAGAUUUGGCCAAGGGUGACAAAGCACGUUACGAAAAGGAAAUGAAGAAUUACAUUCCCCCAAAGAGUGAGAAGAAGGGAAAGAAGAAGAAGGAUCCUAAUGCACCAAAACGUCCCCCAUCUGCCUUUUUCCUCUUCUGCUCAGAGCAUCGGCCACAAAUCAAAACUGAGAGCCCCGGUCUGACAAUUGGGGAUACAGCCAAGAAAUUGGGAGAGUUGUGGGCUGAGCAGACACCAAAAGACAAACAGCCAUUUGAGCAGAAAGCGGCAAAACUAAAAGAGAAAUAUGAGAAGGAUGUUGCUGCAUAUCGGGCAAAAGGAAACAGUGAUGUUGGGAAGAAGGCACCUGGCAGGUCAGCAGGCUCUAAAAAGAAGGUUGAACCUGUAGAUGACGAUGAUGAUGAAGAUGAGGAGGAUGAAGAAGAUGAUGACGAGGAUGAUGAAGAUGAUGAAUGAAUGACUUGCCUGCUGUAUAAAUUGUUGAAGCCCCUGUUUUUGUUUGCUAAGAAUGUGAACUCAUGUGCAGCUCAUUUUGUUAGCUUGGUUAUGAAAAAAAACUGUACAGACUUGUGUAUAGGUAAUGUGAUUCUUAGGGAUAACCUAUAUUUUAAUAUAAGGAUUAGCUGGAGGGCUGUUUAGAGUUAAGCUUCUGAUGUGGGAUUUUUCUGCAUAUUUAAUGGAUUCUAAGGGUAGCCCAAUGCAGGUAACAAUACCCAAUAUACUUUAGUCCUGUAGACCUGGUGCAUUGUACUUUUUUUUUCUAACUUUUUUUAUUUUUAUUUUUAGCAACUUUUGUAAUAAAAUUAUAUAUAAUUCAAAA